CCUAGUACUACUUCUAGGAGCGGGAAUUGCUUAAUCCGGUGUGUUUCUGCGUGAUAUAACAAAUGGAGAUGAUUCCGCCUGCUGCGGCGUCGUCGGCGCCAUCACGCCGUGGUGGCGCGGUCACCGAGGAAGAGCGGCAGCGCAAACGCAAGACCUCCAACCGCCUCUCGGCGCAGAGAUCUCGCAUGAAAAGGCAGCAGCGCGAGGACAAUCUGGCCGCGCGCGCGGCCCAGCUCGAGACCGACAACGAGGCCAUGCGUGUCACCACCGGCCUCGUGCAGCAGCAAUGCAGCCUGGUCGAGCAGCAGAAUCGUGUGCUCUCGGCGGACGCUCGUUACCUGUACAGCCUUCUCCAGCAGCGGAACUCCCAGCUCCGCCAGCUCGGGGAGCUCGCCGGCGUUCCGAUGGACGUGCAGGAAAUCCCCGUCCACCUCACACAGCUGUACGGCGGCCUGCAGACGCCACCAGCGCCGCCCCUGUCCUUCCCGCCGGAGAUUCAGAUGAUGUUCCAGCCGGACCAGCUCGAUGAUAUCAUGGACGAUGCAGGAAGUCUCCCGUGGCUCUGACUCGGGAGCAUAUUAGUAUCAUAUUCUGUGUGAUGCGUGUUUGUGUGGUACUACUAGUAGUGUGAUGAUGUGAGCUAUGGCGUUGGUGUGACUGUUGACUUUUCCUAGUUCUGUUUUGGAACUACGUGAGUUUCUUGUGUGAACUUCUACGUGUAGUACACAAGAGUGUGAUGUGUUG